AUGACCUUGAAUGUUGUCAGGAGAGAUAGUGAGCAAGAAAUAGCCACAAGUGUUGUUGGACCUCUGGAGCAGGAGUGCAGUGCAUUUGAUAUCAAGCGAGCCUCCAGCGUGAGAAUAAUCAGCAUCGUGCCCGGGGAAAGGCACCGCGGGGCCCCAGACCGAGGCGCCGGCGAAGCCGGAGCCGUUCCGAGCGGCCGCGAUGGGCAGAGCCCUCCGGGUCCCGCCGGUGCCCGGCGCUUUAACCCGGCGCGGGGUCGGAGCCGCCCGGGCUCGCAGAGCCUCAGCCCGUCCCUGCGGCGCAGCCCGAGCCCCGCGCUCCGUCGCGAGGGCACCGAAGGGUUCCCGCCGCAGCUCAGGCGUCCGUCCCUCGCCCCGCUCUGUGACGUCACCGUGGGGGGUCCCGGCAAGGCCGUGCAGGUCGCGCCCCCGCACAGAGCGGUCGCGGCCGCGGCGCGGAGCGGAGCGAGGAGACGGGCGAGGAGCGGAGUGUGGGCCCCACGGUUUAGGAGAGCAAACUUCCAUCGCUUCCAGGAGGCAGUCGAUUCGGAGCGAUCUCAUUACCCCGCCAUGGCUCAAAGAGCAAGCCCCGAUCUCGGGAGAUGCGGCGGGGCUCAGAAGAGAGAGAGGAGAUCCACGAGCGGUGCCCCGGAGAGCAAGCGCUGCAAACGGGACCCUUCCAAACGUGGCAGGUCAAUAAGUUUUUCACUUCUGCUGUUGGCCAGCAUGUGUUUUCAGGCUGUGUUUGCCUCAUCUGGCUGUGGCAUCACGUAUCCGUGUUUCAGUUGGAGAUAUGUUGAGAGGGACGUCUUACAGCGCAGACUGAAAAGCGUCUGGAUAGGGGCGCUAGAAUUACUGUAAUGACCUUCGUUUGACCCUUUGGCUGUAGUCCUGCUAUCCGGAAUGCGGGUCCUUUACCCGGUGUGCAACCAGCUGACCUCUACGUCACUGAGAGACACUGUUUAUUCUGAGUUUGUGCAGAUUCUGGACACCUGGGUGCGAUGGACCCUCCAAACACGAGUGUAAAGCCCCAACGGAGACCCCAUCAGUCUAUACACUACAGAUGGACAAAUAUUCCUAGAAUUCCCAGAAAGGUCAUGCAUAUCGAUGUAUUUUCUGGGAAUUAAUUCUACUCUCUUGGUGUUCACUGCACGUUCACCCCAAAGUCCUAAAGACUUUCGGCAAUCUCUAGUGGCAAUGUCACAGUCCUUCACUGAUGAAAUUUUUGUUGCUUUCUCUCUGGAUCCUCAUACUCGGAUAUUAAAAUUCAGUCAUCAGUCCUUGCUUUCCUCAGUUAUCACACCCUCACUUGGCUCAGCUCAUUUACGAGGAUGUUUCCGAUCUUCAGUUCACCUUACGGCACCAAUUCAUGGUUGGUUUUGCAAAAAAGACAGUAGAAUUCAUCAGGUGUCUCCCUAGCUCACUGAUAGAUGAC